AUGAAGGAGAAGUCCAAAAAUGCGGCCAAAACCCGGAGGGAGAAGGAAAAUGGCGAGUUCUACGAGCUGGCCAAGCUGCUCCCGCUGCCGUCGGCCAUCACCUCGCAGCUGGACAAAGCGUCCAUCAUCCGCCUCACCACCAGCUACCUGAAGAUGCGCGCCGUCUUCCCGGAAGGUCUAGGAGACGCGUGGGGACAGCCGAGCCGAGCGGGGCCGCUGGACAGCGUGGCCAAAGAGCUGGGAUCCCAUCUGCUGCAGACUCUGGAUGGAUUUGUUUUUGUGGUGGCCUCUGAUGGCAAAAUCAUGUACAUAUCUGAGACGGCGUCUGUUCAUUUAGGCUUGUCCCAGGUGGAGCUCACGGGGAACAGCAUCUACGAGUACAUUCACCCUUCGGACCAUGACGAGAUGACAGCAGUCCUCACGGCCCAGCCUCCGCUCCGCCAUCACCUGCUGCAGGAGUACGAGAUAGAGAGGUCUUUCUUUCUUCGAAUGAAGUGCGUCUUGGCAAAACGAAAUGCAGGCCUGACAUGCAGUGGAUACAAGGUUAUCCACUGCAGCGGCUACCUGAAGAUCAGGCAGUAUGUGCUGGACAUGGCCCUGUACGACUCCUGCUACCAGAUAGUGGGGCUGGUGGCCGUGGGCCAGUCGCUGCCGCCCAGCGCUGUCACGGAGCUCAAGCUGCACAGCAACAUGUUCAUGUUCAGGGCGAGCCUCGACCUGAAGCUCAUAUUCCUGGACUCCAGGGUGACAGAGCUUACGGGCUACGAGCCACAGGACCUGAUCGAAAAGACACUAUACCAUCACGUGCACGGCUGUGACACCUUUCACCUCCGCUAUGCGCACCACCUGCUGCUCGUGAAGGGCCAGGUCACCACCAAGUACUACCGGCUGCUGUCCAAGCUGGGCGGCUGGGUGUGGGUGCAGAGCUACGCCACCGUGGUGCACAACAGCCGCUCCUCCCGGCCGCACUGCAUCGUGAGUGUCAAUUAUGUCCUCACGUAA